GUAUAAGAGUUUUAUACAUUAAACUUAUUUUACAACAAGUCAAAAACCUCAGAAUAACUAGCGGUCUCAAACCCGGUCAUAAGCUAUGUAUUCCAGCACUUUUACCACUACGCCCCAAAAGGGCACUAUUGAUGUGCGGGCGAAAGUCUAUCAAAGGUAAUAAACCAGAUGUUCAAG